CACGGCGAGUCGUGUAGGAGUAGCCACCAACAGCACAGCCGUGCCAAAAGAAACCUUGAAAAAGGGGGGAAAAAAAACUAAUAAGCGAGGGAGGCGAGGAUUCGGCAAGCUCCGACCUCAUCCGCUGCUUGCCUCGCAACUAUCGGAUCUUGCGAAGGCAUCCUCCUCUUCGUCUCCCCCGUCUUAUAAUCGCAUUUCGAAUCCCCAAUCGGAGACCUCGCCGCUCUUCCGAGCUUCUAAUCGAAGGAACAGUCACCGUCGUUAAGAGGAUGAUACGCUGCGCUGUAACGGCCGGCGGGUGCGUCGCUUCGUGGAGCGGCGAUCGGAGGUCGCCGGCGGUCAACAACCCCUGCAGCGUGCGGAUGCCGACGGGCAACGGUGGUGGGUGGUGCGGCGGCCUGAGGUCGCGGGCGGCGGAUCUCGCCGGCCUCGAGAUGGCCAGCCUGCGUGGCGGCGUCGGGGGCCUCUUCCGCGCGAGCCCGCGCUAUGGGCGCUUGCAAGCCACGGCCGCAGGUGCGUCUCGGGUUGACCCUGAAGAUAUUCCAUUGGAGAAGGUUCAAGUUAAAUCCUCAGGACAUGUUCUGCCAUAUGUUGGCGUUGCUUGUUUGGGGGCUAUUCUGUUUGGUUAUCAUCUUGGUGUGGUCAAUGGCGCGCUUGAAUAUCUCGCGAAGGAUCUUGGGAUUGCUGAAAAUGCUGUCUUACAGGGAUGGGUGGUUAGCACAUCCCUGGCUGGUGCAACACUAGGUUCUUUUACUGGGGGAUCUUUGGCAGAUAAAUUUGGGCGGACAAGAACAUUCAUCCUGGAUGCAGUCCCUCUUGCUCUAGGUGCAUUCUUGAGUGCAACAGCUCAAGAUAUUCGCACCAUGAUUAUUGGUCGGUUGCUUGCUGGAAUUGGUAUUGGGAUCUCAUCUGCUCUUGUGCCCCUCUACAUAUCUGAGAUCUCACCAACUGAAAUUCGUGGAACACUUGGUUCUGUUAAUCAACUUUUUAUCUGCAUUGGAAUUCUUGUAGCUUUGUUAGCUGGAUUGCCUUUGGCAGGAAAUCCUGCCUGGUGGAGGACAAUGUUUGGAAUUGCUGUAGUUCCAUCCAUUUUGCUGGCUGUAGGAAUGGCCUUCUCUCCUGAAAGCCCUCGUUGGCUAUUCCAGCAAGGAAAGGUUAUACAAGCAGAAUCAGCUGUCAAAAGACUGUAUGGAAAAGAAAUGGUUACCGAAAUUAUGUAUGAUCUGAGAGCUAGUGGCCAAAGUUCUUCUGAGCCUGAAGCUGGCUGGUUUGAUCUUUUCAGCAAGCGUUACUGGAAAGUUGUGAGUGUGGGGGCAGCACUGUUUUUGUUCCAGCAGCUUGCUGGUAUAAACGCCGUUGUAUAUUACUCUACAUCAGUGUUCCGCAGUGCAGGCAUUGCAUCUGAUGUUGCUGCUAGUGCUCUUGUUGGAGCAGCCAAUGUUUUUGGCACCAUGAUUGCAUCUUCUCUAAUGGACAAGCAAGGAAGGAAAAGCCUUCUGAUAACAAGCUUUUCUGGAAUGGGUGCUUCAAUGCUACUCUUAGCAUUGUCCUUCACCUGGAAAGCUCUGGCACCUUAUUCUGGUACUCUUGCUGUUGUUGGCACUGUUCUGUAUGUGCUGUCUUUUGCUCUAGGAGCUGGUCCUGUUCCUGCCCUACUUCUUCCUGAAAUAUUUGCCUCUAGAAUAAGGGCCAAGGCUGUUGCAUUAUCUCUAGGCAUGCACUGGGUAAUCAACUUCUUUAUUGGCCUGUACUUCUUGAGUGUCGUCAACAAGUUCGGGAUCAGCAAUGUAUAUUUGGGAUUUGCAUCAGUGUGCGCCCUUGCAGUUCUUUACAUAGCUGGGAAUGUGGUCGAGACCAAGGGGCGAUCACUUGAAGAGAUUGAACGGGAAUUAAGUGUAGCAGAAUGAUGUGCUUUUGCUAGUCAUGCUGCGGCUCCGUUUUGGGGAUUGAGAAUGCAACCAAGCACACAACCGAGCAUCCUUGGACCUGGAGACUCUUUCCAGUUUCAUCAUGUAGUUUAAGAAAUAAUCGAACGGCAAGAGUGCCAAUCGUAGGUGACUUGUUGUGUGCCGUGAGGGGUUGUGUUCGAGCAGUAGUUUAGCUGUGCUUCCCUUACUCCCCUGACAUCAAUCAGAAUUCAGAAACAAUAAACCCGUCGAUGUUUCUGGAGAUAAGUUUUUCGUUUUUCUUCUCAAAUUUCGUCGUUUCCCGUGUAUAGAUUUUUUUGAUAUGAGGGAUCUUCCCUAUUUCCAUUGCA